GAGCCGCGAUCGAGUUUUAGCUGCGUGCGCUUUGUGAGUGCGCUCGAUUUGUCAAGGUGAGCGUAGUGCAGCGUAGCGAAGCGGGUCGUCGCGCCGGACGCCGCGUUAAUUCGUGUUCGCGGCGUGAACAAGUUCGUCGACGGCGCACGAACGCGCGUGUGCCGACCGAUCCUGAGUAACGACCAGGAGGAGACGAGCGGAACGACAGACGAGGGGAGAACGGCGACGAGGACGACGUCGAAGACCACAACGACGACGAGGAGAAAGAGGUGGUGGUGGCGGAGGAGUACGCGCGGCCGUUGGUCCUGUGGCAAUGUAGCGAGCGUCGAGAGCCGCUGGGUGUCCGGCGGAGGUGUUCGCGCGUCCCGUGGCCGCGGCGAAUCGUCUCCGGAUCAUCGUGGGCUGAACAAGUCGACGUAGGAGCUCGCGCGAGCGAGCGAGCGUGUCUCACGAGCCGCUUACCGAGCCGCGUCGGCUGCGGGGAACGAGGAAGUCGACGACGACGACGACGACGCGCCUAGCGCCACGGUCAUCGCCGUCCCCAUCGUCGUCGACAAUAAACAGUAGUACUCGUGAAUAAGCGGCCCGUCAGGGUGGAUCGCACGCAAUGGCAUCGCAGAAUCAAAGCGCCGUUAACAUCACCGCUUCGCCCGGCACCGCGGCGGCUAACGGGCCGCCGUCGUCGGCACCACCGCCGGGUGCCACCGUCCUCGCCACCGCCGCCGCGAUCUCGGCCGCCAAGGCGCAGACACUCGCCGCUACCGCCGCUCCCGCUCCGACUUCGCCGUCGCAGCCUCAGCAGCAACAGCAACAGCAGGCCAAUAACAUUGAGCCCUUGGACAAGAGUUCCUCCAAUACUCUCAAGCGCAAUCCAAAGAUGGAGUUGAGCAAAACUGAUUUGCUGAAGUUGCUGGGCUAUCUGGAGGGAGAGCUGCAAGCAAGAGACAUUGUGAUAGCGGCAUUAAAAUCAGAAAAAAUGAAACAUCUGUUGAGUUCUCGAUAUCUUAGUGGAACCGCAGACCCACAUGCAGCGCUAGCUCGCGACGUUGCGAUAGUAGGCGGCGUCAGUGGGGUCGAAGGGAAUCAAAUUGAUCAAAAGGUCGCUAGUCUGGAGGCACUAGUGAGCAAGCAAAGAAUCGCGCAGUGUAGGAUGUCCAAAGUUCUUAGAGAUGCUGAAAUUAGGCACAGAGCGGUAAUUAAAGAAUUGGAAGAAGAAAAACGAAAACAUGAGCACGAUACCGCCCAAGGCGACGACAUCACUUACGGUCUCGAAAAAGAGAGAACAAGAUUGAAGAAAGAAUUGGAGCUGGAGAAGCAAGAAAAAAAGAAAUUAGAGCUUGAAUUGAAGAAGGUCAAUGAUCAUCUCGAGGAGGAGAAGAAUCGGCAAAAGCAAAUAGUGCUUCUACUUUUAGCGGAACGUAAAAAGAUUAUCAUGAAGUACAUCGAGGAGAGAAAACGAUCUGAGGAUUUGGCUCAAAUACUCAGCGAGGAGAAAGUUAGGAUAGACUCGAUGGCCGAAGGCCUCGAGGAAGAGAGCAAGAAAUCAUUGCAGAUGGAAGCAGAAUUGGAGAAGCAAUUAGCGCAAUUUGACAUGGAGAGGCAACAGUAUCGGCAGGCUCUAGUGAAGGAGGAGAAGAGGGCGAAAGACUUUGAAACGGAGUUAGAGAAAUUACGAGUCGAGAUGGAUACAUGGAAAGAGUCGCAGGCUCGAGGUCCCGUGAGAGGAGUUGGCGUAACUCCACCGCCACCACCUGCAAAACCAGCGAAUUUGGUUGCUAUGCCAACACUUAGGCCAGCUAGUGCUCCGCAAACAAUUAAAGGAGCAGUCUUGGGUACAGGGACACCUAUGGUUAGUAGUAAAGUUGUCCAACCCACUGCCACAGUGUCCAGUGUUCCUGUUAGUGGACCAACAACUGGAAUUGCUAGAUCAGUAACACCUGGACAGGCACUACGUGGGGUUGCGUAUACACCGAAUUUAACAUCUGCAAGUGGAGAGUCUACAACUACUUCAGACACGCAGGCCGUAGACAAGCGACCGGUCGUACCUGCUCCUGUUAAUACUGCGACCGCCGCGGCUAAGCUUAUAACAUCGUCGCAAGCCGCAGGGAAGCUCGGCUUUCACGUUGGUCCCGGCAGCCCCGCCGUUCAAGCACCCACCGCUGUCGCCGCCGCCGCCGGUAUACUGCCCGCGAAAAAGCCGCCGAUCUCGCGCGGCGUGCCACCCCCGGUACCACCGAAUAAGCCAGUGGUACCACCGAAAAAGGAGGCUGCUUACCUUAGAAGACCGGAACUGUCGCAAAGCACACAGCAGGAUAAUACCGUUAAGUUCGGUAAGCAGGCCUCGUCGCACGUUACGGCGGCGAGCGGGACCGCCGCACCUUCGCAGGCGCAGCAACCGAGCGCCGUUGCCCAAGCUGCCGACGAAGAGGUCAGUAGCACGACAGAGUCGAGAUAAAUAUUUAAGGCUUAGCCGAUGAAUGAUCGUUACGCACACGUGUAGGAUAAGCACGCUCGCCUGAGGGAGAAGCGCGCAAAACAAGCGAUUUAAACACAAACGCAAGCAAGCACACCAUACACACACACACACACAUACACACACGCACACAUACCUACACAAAACACACGCGAUAUGAUACCAUACGUUCAGGUAUGUUCAAUCGGAGCAUCUGUGUGAAUGUGAUUUCAGACAAAGCCGCGUUGAUCAAGCGCGGAGAGAGAAAAAUAGAGAGAGAAAGAGCAAAAAGCGAAAGGGUGAAAGCGUGAACGUAGAUAUAUGUAUACACACAUCGAGAUGUGCAUAAUAGAAGCAAGUAAGGAAGAAUAUAAAAAGAAAGUGACACAUCAUACGCCGCGGUACGCUUGGAAUCUAAGCUGGACCGCCGGAAGUUCCGUCUCGCAGAAGAUUCUUCCCGAGACCCAGGAGAGCCAAGAGAGGAGAAGGAGAACUCGUCCCGAGGCGCUUCGUAACACACUUGUCGAGUCGACCGCUCGAGAGACUGAAUCGAGAGAAGAACGGUCGCGUGUACGCGACUUAUACGACUAGAUCUCACGGCUGCGGUCCGGUCGCGUCCGCGGGAACGUCACCUGGAAGCGUUGUUCUGUCCAUUUCAACGGAACAACGGUUGACAUUUGUAGCUAAUAUGCGAAAAUAAUUGAUCGGAGCUAGAGUUACUCUUCGGAUACGUAAGAUAGCCUCUGUAGGUUCCUAGAUAGCUUAUUCUGUACCGGCUCGUUUCGGUCGGCCGAGAAUGAUCGUCGUGGCGUCUCAACGAUCUCGUAUACGAGGAACAAGCUUGCGAACAAGCGUGAGUCGCUUGAGGCAAUCGGUAAACGAGCAUGUCAUUGACUAACCACGAAGGAAAAGGGUCCUUAGGCACCUCCACAGUGGUUCGUUAAAGGUCCUGGCCCCUAGCCAUCUUGAUUUAUGACAUCAGAAGCGAGGUUCCUGCCCAAAAUUCCUGCAAAGUACGCCGAAAUAUAAAGACACAUUCAAAAGUGACACUAUCGAUUAAACACACUUCUAAAAUAUCUUAAAUAGUUUCCUUUUGCUUCAACAAUCAAUAAAUAAUCGUAAAAUUAACGGAAUGAAGUAGUGAGGGAAAAAGAUUAAAAGAAAAGGUUGCAUGUCACGUUAAUUUCAUAGUUAUUUAUUGAUUGUUGAAGCAAAAGGAAAGUGUUCGCAGUAUUUUGGAGGUGUGCUUAAUCAAUAGCAAGUGUCAUUUUUCGGAAAUAUUUGUUUUAUUUCGACGUACUUUGCAGAAAUUUUGGGCAUGCACUUUCUCACUUCUGGCGUCAUCAAUCAAGAGUUUCGCGGUGAGGGGCCAGGAGCCUUAACGUUGCGUUUAUGAGAAGAUUCACCACGGGCAAGUUGCAUCAGCGUAGUUCAAUACCAAGCACUUCUGGUCGAUUCAAUUUUUUUUCUCAUUCGAGGGGCGCGUAUCCGCGCACAAUUACAUAUUGAUUCUUCGGUGAAUUUCUAAUAACGUCUUUUCUCGAUAGUCUCCACGGAAAUUUCUUUCUUGUAUAUUUUUAUAUAUUUGUAAAUUUGUAUGUGUAUAUACAUUCAGCAAUCUUUCGGUAGGAUAUUUUUUCUUCGAAAUACCGCCGGUAAUAAUGUGUACCAGGCGGUGUGUAAUGACAGUGCAGAUCCAAAUCGGAUCUGCAUCUCUACGGUCGACUUUUCGCGCACGGCGGCGUCUUGCGGAUUUCCGUUUCGCGAGUCUUAUCUGAUAACCAGACUUCAGCGCUGUCUCGCACGUUACGUCUCGACAUGCGUUAUCACGAGUAGAAUUUAGAAUCCGAAAAGGUGUGACGCGCUGUAUCAAAGUCGUUAAGACAGAUUCAGUUAAACCAGACUGUUGAUGCAACUCGGCUAGAAACGGGAAACUUAGAAGAAGCUAUCAUGUGCUAUAUUCACUGCCUCGUCUCACAUAAUUUCGUAAAUGUCGGUACAAACUUAUAGAACUGAAGAAAGAUAUUUUGCAGACACACACACACACACACACAC